AUGGUCCCGAUCCCGUCUGCGGAACUGCGCACCUCGUAUUCCCUUUACUCCCUCGAGUUCGACCCUGAAGAUGCGAACCGGCUUAUCGUAGCCGGUGGCGGUGGGCCAGGUAACCAUGGUGUAGGGAACAAGAUCACUGCCAUCGACGCAUCACGCCCCGACACCCUCGAUAUUGUAUCCGAGAUCGAACUCAGUCGCGACGAGGACAGUGUCGCAACUCUCGCCGUCGGUCCCCGGAAUAAGGACUCGAUCCUGCUGUACGCUGGUGUUAAUUCGAGCGCCGACGACAUCGCCAAGGGCAAAAACGAACACUUCCGCGUUUUCAGCUUGGACCAGCCAUCCAAAGCCAAAGCUUUGUCUGAGAAGCCCAAGAUCACCGAGCUCUCGCGCACUUCGCUGUUCGCAACAACGGAGAAGGACACAUACCAGAGAGUGCUGAGGUUGUCCGCGCCUUUCCCCGGGUCCGCUCAGGUCGGUGCUGUCGCCACGGGGUUCUCCAAAGAGCCAGAAAUUGCUCUCUUCGAUGUUCCCAACAUGGGCGCUGCCACUCCCAAGCUCAGGGGUAACCUUGAGCUGGUGAAGGAGGCUGUGGACAUUGAUAUCAUCCAGACUGGUGACGAUAGCUACCAGCUCGCUUACUGCGACGAGUACGAAAUGCGCACCAUGAACAUUGGAAAGGGCAUCUCGGAAGGGCCCAAGCUGGUCUUCACCAUGCCAGACGAAGCGGCCGUCACCGGAAACGCUAGGCCCUCGUUCCGAUCGGUGCGCUAUCUGACCCCGGACUUCCUCCUCGCCGUUGCCAACCUUCCCAAGGGCGGUGGCGUGGUUCUACACGGAUUCCGCAUGCCCAAGAACGACAAAAUUCACAACAAGCUCAAAGAGAAGGAGGAGGAAGAAGCUAAGAAGGGUAACGCAAGACUAUGCAUUUCUGCGAAAUUGCCAAGUUCUGUCACACGUGCUACCGGCCUGGCUGUCCGCAAUCUUUCUCGUCCUGCCUCGCCAACCGCCAAGCAGGGCGACGCGCAGUUCGUCAUCGCCGUUACUGGUCAGGACAGCUCGAUCACUAUCUACACCCUAGACCAUCAGUCGGUUGCCGACAUCAACCUCAUUGUCAAUCUUUUCAAGGUCACUACCUUCAAGAACGUUCACAACGGUCCCAUUUCCGGCGUGGCCUUUUCCUACGUCGUUCCGCCCGCCGACUCUAACUCGGACGAAAAAGCCGUCGCAAAGAAGGGAUCCGUCCGUCCCGAGUACGUCAAGCUGGCCUCCAUCGGCUCCGUCGGCAAUUCCUGCAUCGUGCACUCCCUCCCGCUCAAAAAGUUCGUCGACAAGACGGCCCAAACCCGCCGCGGCGGCGCUCCCCGUGCCGCCCGCUACGUCCUGGCCCUGAAGAGUCAAGCCCCCUCACCCAAGGGUCUCCUCUUCUUCACGGCCCUGAUCACUCUCUUCAUUGGUGUCUUUGUCCAAAGCUUCCUCGAAAUCAAGGGCUACUCCAGCCCCAUGAUCGGGGCCAGGAGGUUCGCUCCUGUCAGCUGGCAGCAAAAUCCCCGUUACGGCGCCGGCCAGGGUGUGGUUGGCAAUGCCAACUACGCGAACUCGGAAUCACUCAAUCCUGACGGCGUGCACGGCUUCUUGGCUUCGCUGCUGGCGGAUAAAGACCUCAAGGUGCAGGAUGGACAGGCCAAGAAAUUGGUUUUAAACGUCGGAGCCAAAGACGGAAUCGUCCAGGUUAGUGGACAUGACGCCGAGGUGGAUAGCACCGCGCCGACACCGAAGGAGUGGGAUGAGCUGCACGAGACGCAGAAAAAGGCUUGGAAGGAGAAGUUGAAGGCGGCGGGCCACUGGGGGGAGGGGAUGGGGGAGACGAUUUUCAAGAAUAUCCUGUUUGGUGAAUUGGGAGCUGUGGUUGGCGGACUGGUUCGUUAGGGAUCAUGGA